GCCUCGCUGUCCAGGAGGUGGGAGUGGCCAGGCCAGAUAGUCUGAAUUCUCUCUGAUGGGCAGUGGGGAGCAGGGGCCAGGUAGUUAGGGCUGACAUUCUGCUGGGCAGGAGGCCUCAUUGUAAUUCAGGUUGGAGCAAGUCAGAUUGUAGUUCUGUCCCUUGGUCUCUCUGAUCCUGUCUUCUCACCUGUGAAAUGGGGACAAUGAAUCCUGCCCCAGAGAGCUGUUGACCAUCUCUGUGCUGUGGGGGUGAUGAGAUGGGAGUGAGAGGCACUCAGAGAGACUGUCAAAGGAGAUGAGGUGAGGAUGGUGGGGUUGAGGGGGGUGCUGAUAGAGACUCGCUGAGAGGUGGGAUAGCAGCAUAUGUCACAGGUGGGGCAUGAAUGGAGAAGGAGGGGUAAGGGGUAGUGGUCCUAGUCUCUGAUCAGUUACCUGGGGGAAGGGUUGACGCUUCAAUAUGACCAGGGAAGCAUAGCAUGACACCAGGUGGUCAUGAGAGAGAGACCUGGGAGGCCAGAGGGUGCUGGGACCAAAUCUGCUCUUCCAGACCUAGAACCUGAUAAGGAGGUAGAGGAGGGGACCCAAAGGGAGGAUGAGACCAGGAGGGUGCUGUGUGGACAAAACUAAGGCUGGAGGAAAUAGGCUGAGGGAGUGGUCCAGGGCCUGACCUCUGUGCCUCUUAAGGCCAGGGGCCUGGCUGCUGGGUCAGGCCAUCCAAGAGGGAUGGGCCAUUGUCCUCAGACAUCAAUAAGUAGACACAGCAGACUCAUUUCUGCCUGACACCUGCUGUUUGGUAGAAACAAUCUCUCAUGUGAUGCAUGGAGGAAAACAGUAAAAGUUCGGCAAGCAUUUAAAAAUAAAUGGUUGGUAGCUUUUUUGAGUUUGGCCCUGGGUACUUCAAGAUGAAGCAAGAGAUGGCUGUGAGUCAUUCCCAGAGCAGCAGGGAGACAGCUGGGUCGCAGGUGAUGCUGGGAGAUCUUGGUCAGAACUAGGAUUGAAGAGAAUUCAGGUAUCUCGGUUCAGGGAUUAGGGAACCAGGAAGGGCCAUGAGACCACAUUGGGGUUGCAACAUGGUAGUGGCCUUGGUGAGGGGGUGCAGGGGCAGGCCCUGCCCUGAAAGAUGGAUCUCGGGGUCAGGAUAAGGGGUGUGGUCAUUCUCCAUUCUCCGGUGGGUGCAAGGAGCAGGGGAGGAUCUCAGCACUGUGCUCUAGGUGAGGAGGGGAGUCAGCGCUCUGAGGUCUAGGCUGGAGGUGGAAGUAGCAGAUAGACUAGAAAGGACUUGCAAGCUGGGUGUGGGAUCUUUGCCUGUUAAGGCGGGAAAGCGGGUUUGGGAAAGAGAAGUUCGUUUGGAUAAACUGGGUCUGAACAAACGGCAGCAUCUGCAGGCAGCUGGGGCUCAGGAGGGAGGCCCUGGUUGGGGAGAGCGGUCAGAAAGUAAAGGUCCGGGGAGAGCUGAGGAGGGGAGGGCCACACCCGAUGUUGAGGGACCCAAGGAGAAGCCGGAGGAGGAGACAGGACUGAACCGGCCCAAGAGGCUGGAGUACGGAGUCGGUGCUGCAUACUGUGCUGCCGCCGGGGGUUAAGGCGAACUUAGACCCCAGCCACCGGUGUUCACGGGAGCCCUGGGAGAGAGGUCAAGGGCGGGGAAGCCCUGGCCCCCAGUCCCUCUCUACCCCUCCCCAGGGACCCCCCCAGAAUGGGCAACUCGCAGGAGAGACCGUCAGAGACGAUCGACCGCGAACGGAAACGCCUGGUAGAGACGCUGCAGGCGGACUCGGGGCUGCUGCUGGACGCGCUGCUGGCGCGGGGCGUGCUCACCGGGCCGGAGUACGAGGCGUUGGACGCGCUGCCUGACGCCGAACGCAGGGUGCGCCGCCUGCUGCUGAUGGUGCAGAGCAAGGGCGAGGCCGCCUGCCAGGAGCUGCUGCGCUGCGCCCAGCGCACCGUGCGCGCGCCCGACCCCGCCUGGGACUGGCAGCACGUGGGCCCCGGCUACCGGGAUCGCAGCUACGACCCUCCUUGCCCUGGCCACUGGACACCGGAGGCAGCCGGCUCAGGGACCCCAUGCCCUGGUCUGCCCAGACCUUCACACAGUGAGGAGGCCGGGGCUUCUGAGAGCUCCGAGGCAGUGCAAUCCGGAACCACCGAGGGGCCCCAGACAGAGUUAGAAGCUGAGGCCUCUGAAGGGCCUGAACCCGAGUUGGAAUCGCAAACGGAUCCGGAGCCAGAGGCAGAACCAGAACCUGAACUGGAACCAGAACCCGAGCCGGAGCCGGACCAGGAGCCAGAGCCAGAACCUGAGCCAGAGCCGGUCCAGGAGCCAGAGCCCGACCCAGAGCCUGAGCCUGAGCCGGAGCCAGACUACGAGGCAGAGGAUGCGUCUGAAGAUUCCUGAGGGCCGGCGCCCUGACUGGCCACUCCCCAUCCAAGCCCAAUGGAACCAGGGAUCCCGGCCUGGCUGGGUUGGGUUACCACCCAGGCUCCACCUGGCCCAGGAUUCGCUGGAGUGAAUAAACUGUGGAGGGUGGGUCUG